AUGGUUAGGUCCUCCAUCGUCAUCGUUUUCUUUUUAGUACAAUUCAGUGAUGCCACAAAGCUAGACGAUGUGAUGAAAAUGGCGACAACAGAACUUGGAAUCACUUUCUGGAAUCAAGCUGAGCUGACCGUGAUUGCAAACUGUUGCGAAUCACAGUUCUAUGUCACUCCAAAUAACAACACUGCGAUUCUUUCGGCUGCCAAGAAUUGCAUUCUAAAAAAUUCUGGAAACAAAGCUGUCUCAGCUCUAGCUCUGUACAGCAACGUCAACAACUGCUUGAACCCAGAGACUCUUGAUUCGGUUGUUUCCGAUUUGAUAGCUCCAGUUCUUGCUCUUGCUGAUGCUCUCGUGAGAAAAUUGAAGACGACACUAUCGAACUGCAAGGACACGAACACUCAGACUGGUGCUGCGAAGCAGGAAGCAUGCAUUCAGAAGACGUACGGAGUCGUUUUGACCGAUCUAACACUAGCAUAUGUUGAUGGUAUCUGUAAGAAGGUCGUCAAUGAAAAUGUCGAACCAAAGGAAUGGGGAUGUGGAUUGAAGUAUAUUCCAAGUGUUCUCACGUUCAGUAAAUAUGAAUGUUCGAAGAUUGUCAAAAAUUAG